AAUGCCAGACACUCAAAUAUCUCAGCAGGUUGCAUCAACCAAAAAACACACAACAAAAAUGCCAAUGCAAACCAACUCCUCCUCAGCCCCAGCCUCCCCUCAUGUCCUCAUCUUCCCAUUACCCCUCCAAGGCACCGUAAACUCCAUGCUAAAACUCGCGGAAAUCCUCUGUAUCUCCGACAUCAACGUCACCUUUGUGGUCACGGAUCACAUCCACUCUCGCCUGCUCCGAAACAGCAACGUGGUCUCGCGUUUCAGCAAGUACCCCGGCUUUGUUCUCCAAUCGAUAUCCGACGGACUCCCGAAAGAGCACCCGCGCGGUGGCUCGCGGUACAUAGAGAUGUUCGAGUCCAUGAAGCUCAACAGCAAGCCACUCUUGAAAGAGCUCCUCACUUCUGGCUGGCUGGACCGUGGACGCGGGCCUGUUACAUGUAUUAUAGCUGAUGGAGUCAUGAGCUUUGUUUGUGAUGUUGCUAAUGACAUCGGAGUCAAUAUUUUUUGUACUCGCACUCUCAGUGCUUGCUCUCUUUCUAUUUUCUUUUCGCUUCCUAAACUCAUUGAAGCAGGGGAGCUCCCCUUUACAGGAGGUGAUUUGGACACCCCAAUCAAAAGUGUACCAGCAAUGGAGAAAUUUCUUCGGCGUCGAGAUCUUCCCAGCUUCUGCCGCUCGGAUACUCUUUCCGGUCCAAGCAUUCAGCUCUUCAAAAACGAGAAUCAAGAAAAUGCGCGCGCUCAAGGCCUGAUACUCAAUACCUUUGAAGACAUAGAAGGACCAGUUCUAGAAAACAUACGUGCUUUUUGUCCGAACCUAUACACAAUUGGACCACUUCACGCCCAUCUCAAAAUGAAAUUAGCCGCAAAAUCUUGUUACACAGCCUCAUCAAACAGUUUGAGAAAAGAAGAUAGGAGUUGCAUGAGUUGGCUGGAUUCACAGGCUUGUAAGUCUGUGAUUUAUGUUAGUUUCGGAAGUAUAGCAACUAUGACAAAGGACCAGCUUAUGGAGUUUUGGUGUGGCCUUGUUAACAGUGAGUGCAAAUUCUUGUGGGUCAUUAGGCCUGAUUUGAUCGCGGGAGACGGGGAGAUUCCUGAGGAGGUUUUGGAAGGAACGAAAGAGAGGGGAUAUAUUGUGGGGUGGGCACCUCAAGAGGAGGUCCUUGGGCAUCAAUCUGUGGGGGGAUUUUUGACUCACAGCGGCUGGAAUUCGACGUUGGAGAGUGUGGUGGAAGGGGUGCCUAUGAUAUGCUGGCCUUAUUUUAUGGAUCAGCAAGUGAAUAGUAGGUUUGUGAGUGAGGUUUGGAAGCUUGGUCUUGAUAUGAAGGAUACUUGUGACAGGGUUAUUGUGGAGAGGAUGGUCAAGGAUCUGAUGGUGAAGAGGAAGGAUGAGUUCUUGAAGUCCGCUGAUCGGAUGGCUAAUUUGGCAAUGAAGAGCUUGAGUGAGGGUGGUUCUUCUUAUUCCAACCUGGAACGUCUGAUCCAGGAUAUUAAGACAAUAAGUGUGGUGCAUAAGGAGGCAAAGAAACAACAGUAGGAAUUAGGGAAUGAUAUAAUUAACGGAUUUUCUAAUGUGCGUCCAUGAUCAUACACACCACACCAGAAAGUCUCCGCCAAUCAAUAUCCUCCGUCUUAAUCAAAAUUCAAAAGUAGUCGUGAGUGUGUAUUCAUUAGCACGUACUAGAAAGACUUGUAGUUAAAGUCACAUGUCUGCAUAAUUAAUCAUCAUCUCUAGCUAUGGUUAUUUAAAUUUAAGCAUAUUUGGCUAUUUGCAGAGAAAUGGUUUCAGCCUUC